AUGCAUCUGACCAGAGGUAUCCUUGGCUGUUGUCACAAGACCAAGCUUCCGAGAAGUACUGUAGAUACUUUCCAGAGAGGGUUAGUGAGACGAUGUCGGGUAACGGGCCGAUAUGGGCGAGGAAGGAAUUUCGGGGAAGAGUGGAUGGUAUGA